AUGGCCCCUACCAAGCAGCUCGGCCAGCAGCCAGAGGUAGUCUCGUUCGACGAGAUCAUCCAAUCUGAUCGCAAAAAGAAGAAGAAUGAAGAACUUGCCAGCAAGCUGCUCGGCAAGAACCGACGGUCGAGCGCGCCGGGUCCAGGCAAAGCGCAGAACGCGAAAGGCAGCAAAGUGCAGAACGCAAAACCGGGCAGUCUAGCCAGCCGCAUUGGCGUUGCAAAGCGCUCCGUAUCAGCCAACUUCCGCCCAACCCAGAACAAGCCCGCCCCUGCCGCGCCAUCAACACAAUCACGAACUAAGCCUACCAGCACGCGUCGCCAGAAGGCAAAUCAGAUCCUCAACGCGCUGGGGUCAUCAAAUCCACAAGCCACCGUGCGGGGAAGUGGUAGCGGGCUGUCGAUAAAGGGCGCGUCGGGCCCCUUCACGGUCGUGGGGGGUAACUUUGCGCCAGGGACCACCGCGGCCGAUAUCCAGGCUGCUAUCGAGCCCACGUCGGGUCCCAUGCAGAGCUGUCGGGUGGUGUCGCAUCACCCUUCCGUCAAGGCUGAGCUGGUGUUUGCAGAGAAGUGGACGGCGGAGAAUGUGGUUGCCAAUUUCCAUAACCAAAGGGCUGACGGCCGAGUGAUCUCGAUGACCCUCAAACCAACCGGCGCCAGUGCCGCUGCUCCGCAGGCGCACACUCCUUUUGACGCACUCCGAGAACAGGCCGAUCGUGAGCGCCGGAAUCGUCGGGCGACUCCCGCUGUGCAGAAUGGCAGUUGGGGAUUCGGGGAGAAGGGCGAGCUACUCCAGCAGAAACCAUCAGGGCUCUACAGUGACAAGAUGGCAGUGGACAGUGCGAAACCGGGCAGACAGAACAGGUGGAGAAAGUAA